AUGGCCCAUGAAAGCAGACUUAGAAAUCAAGUCGAGCUUUCAUCUACAGUAGAAGAUGAAGAAUCCAAUCUAAUUUCUGAACAACAUACGCAUUACGGUGCCACCACUGCCUCCUCCAUAUCCACAAAGCACUAUGAUGAGCUCCAACAGCCUGCAGGUUCUGAUGAUAGCAGUGAAGAAAUGAUUUCAAACGAAAAUGUAGCCAACAGAAAAAAAAAGCGACUCAAGAAACAUCAUCGAUCAAAAAGACCCAAGCUAGUAUCCACUUUAUCGCAUAUCGUUCGAAGUGCUCGACAAUCUGAGGAUGAAGAUGAUUCAAACGAUGUAAUCGAGAUACCAUCCACCGACCUUAUUAUACCCGAAUUAGACCCAAAUGCGGAUGAAGUCAGAGAGUAUGUGCCAUCCCCAUUAAAACCAGUGGAUAGUUGGACAUCAAGAAAGUACAAGGUGAAUCUAAGUAACAUAAGAGAGAAUUAUCGAGAUGCACGUAUUCGUGAUAGAAAUGGGAAUCUGCCCUUGACUGGUAUUGAGAAAGUGAAGAGUAUAUUCAAAUACGAUCGCUAUGUUUCUGAAGCAAAGAGAAUCUUGUUUGCCAAUCGUAGUAUCAUACUAUUUGUUUACAUUGAUUUGAUAGUAGAUGUGCUGCUGUGCUUGGCUUAUUUAGUGGAGAUGAAACAAGAGGCUGAUAUCAAUGCACAUCCGCCUUGGAUGUACAAGUGGAGAUCCUAUGACCUGUGGUUCUGUUGCACAUUACUGAGUUUAUGGAAUAUGGGUUCAUUUGUAAUGCGGAUCUUUUUGACUGGAAGACCCGUCUCUGUGAUGUUUAGUUUCAGGUCCUUGAUUGAGGUGUUUACGACAUACCCGUUCAUUAUAUCGCUUUUCAUUGAUAAUGGACAAUAUCUAUACGUGCCUUACUUCUUAAGAAGUUGGGUUUUACUAUUGCGAAUCAAGAGUGUGUUGAAAAUCAAAACCAAUCUGCUGAUGACAGAUAAGCCUGUGGACCCUCUGAAAUCAAAGUUAGUGCAUCUCGUGGGUACCUUGGUGGCAUUAUUGUACAAUGGCAUGUCUGCAUUUCAAUACUGUGAAGUGACAUUUGGUAACAUCAACUACUCGAUAUUGGAAUCACUGUACGUUGUCAUGGUUACAUUAUCAACUGUUGGUUAUGGAGAUAUUACGCCUCAUACUGAGGGCAGUAGAGUGGUGAUGAUGUUACUCAUUGUCAUUUCAUUGGCUGUGUUACCCAGCUUGCUUGCUGAUGCAUUAAACACGCUUCGUAAAAGAAACGAUUGGGGAGGAUACGUGUCUGAAUCACACAUGCCAUUCAUUCUGCUCGUUGGCGUCUUUCGACCUGAACAAGUAACUGAAAUUUUGGACGGAUUCUUGAAUACAGAAAACACAGAACCGCAUUUGAAUGUGGUAUUCUUGGACAUUAACAGGCCCAAUGAAGAACUCAAAUUCCUGGAAAGAAACUCCAUGUGGGGACAUCGCAUUCAAUUUAUCCAUGGAUCGGUACUAGACGAACAGACCCUGAAAAGAGUGCAAGCAAGAUCAGCAACCGCUAUCUUCACACUAUCAGAUCAACACGCAGCAGACCCUCACAAGGAAGAUGAGAGAAACACAGUUCGUUUAUGGUCUUUACAUUGUUACACUGUAAGCCAUAAUGUAAAUAUUUAUACCUACAACUUGUCUCCAUCUACUGCUAUCUAUCAAAAAAUGGCCAAAGAGAUCAUUUGUGUGCGUGAAUUCAAGCAGUACUUACUAGCCAUGAAUUGCAGAUGCAGAGGUGCUUCCACGCUACUGACAAACUUACUACAUCAAAGAAAGCCGAUGGAUCAGUAUCAUGAAUCUUGGCAAGCUCAAUAUGACGAUGGUUCUUGUAACGAAAUCUACAUGGACAGACCACCAGAAGCGCUUAUCAACUUGACCUUUAAAGAAGCAGCCUGGGUUGUCUAUACGGAAUGCCAAGUGAUCUUGUUUGGUGUCAAAACCAUGCUGCAGAAUUGCGAGCAUCGUGAAAUACUGCUGAAUCCAGAGAACAACUACGUUAUCAAGCCUAGUGACCUCUGUGUUUACAUGUGUGAGAGCCCCAGAGAAGUAGAAGAUGUAAACAGUCUGAAAUACGACUACGUCAGAGCUAAAGUUGACAAUAUGAAAGCACGAAGACAAGCCGAAGCUGACAUCAAGGCAUCCAAAGCUUCAGAUCCACCAUGCCCAUCCACCUCCAGAUCGUCCUCGCUUCGUAAUGAACUGCUCCACUCACUACGAAACAGCGCCAAAUUACAACAUCGCAUUGAGCAUGACACAGUGACAUCUGCUCCUGCUUCACCCAACUGUCCAGUGCAAAAUACAUGUGCCAAUAACAGCAAUCAAGUAGCUCAUCUCGAAUUACCACAACCAGCGCUUGCUAGCAAUGAUAUGAUGCUAUAUCCGCCGCCCUCCAGACCUCAAUCUCCACCUAAUCUUCGCCACUCUACUUCCAACGAAUCCAAUCGAUCUCGCUCUUCCUCUGUCCAUCAACCACCACGCCAACAAGCAUUUGUAUUAUCCAAACUGCCCACGCCUCGAUUGGCCUUAUUGACUGGAAGUCGAAAACUGAUCAGUCGAUUAGGUCAAUUGCCAACGAUAACCAACUCAGAGGUGGAGAUGGAAACAUCGCCCGUGUGCUACCUGCUCACCAAAUCUGCUACUUUGCCUGAGUUAACUAUUGAUUCAGCCGAAAAUAUGAAUGGCCAUAUACUGGUUUGUAUGCAUCAUAAAGUGUCUAAUAUCUUCAAGUUUAUCUACAAUCUUCGAUCACCUCAAUUAAAGCCAAAUGAACUUCAGGAUAUCGUCUUUUUGUGCACUUCAUUGCCAAGUCCCAAAACAUUUGAUUUAGUAUCUCGGUUUCCUAAAGUUUAUUUUAUGAUUGGCGACUGUCAACACCCAGAAGACCUCAUCAAAGCAGGCGUCAAGAAGGCAAAGCAAGUGGUAGUCAUGAGUGAACGAGAAUGUCUGGAUCAAUAUCAACGAAGCUCAGACAGUCCAGCAAUUAUGACAAGCCAUUUACUAGACCUUUUGCUACAAGAUAAACCUCACGAUUCCUCUCGCAUUGUAAAUCUAGUUGAGAAAUCCAAUAUUCGAUUCAUGCAUCUGCUUCAAGGCAAGGACGUUGCUGAGGAGGUCGAUGUAUUCUACACGCCUGCUUAUGCUGCUGGUAACGUAGUCGUGGAUAGCUUGCUGAGCAACGUGUUGCUGAGCCAGACCUAUUACAAGCCAGACAUCGUGUCUGUCAUCAAAGCACUCUGUGGCAUGCCUGGUCCCUUGUACGAUAAAGACACUGCUCACAUUCUGAAAUGCGGUACCAAAAUCCGCUCUCAACUGUACCAAAACUCUCGCCAUUUGACAUUAGCCGUGAUGCCGCCGUGUUUCAUUGACAAGAGUUUUGCAUUUUUGUUUGAAAAUCUCGUCAUGGAUCAUGAGGUGCUUCCAUUAGGCAUUUUGCGUGCUCCAGACGAAAAUAUGGGCAAUGAACUGUCGUUUGUAUACACAAACCCUGUUUCGUCUUUAAUCAUGAAAAGAUCUGAUAAGAUUUACUUGUUGGCUUCUCCUGGUUGGAGCUACUUUUCUCAAUAG